UAAUCUUAUGUCAGCUGUAGCCCCUUCUCGCGAGAAUCCGCGAGGUGAUAAGUUGAAGAAACAUGGCGGCGUCUAAUUUGUUAAAGAACAAGGGUUCCCUGCAGUUUGAAGACAAGUGGGAUUUGAUGCGACCCAUCGUUCUCAAGCUGCUCAGACAGGAGGCCGUCACUAAGCAACAGUGGUUUGACUUGUUCUCAGACGUCCAUGCUGUGUGUUUGUGGGAUGAUAAAGGACCGGCCAAAAUCCAUCAGGCUCUCAAAGAAGACAUUCUAGACUUUAUCAAACAGGCACAGGCUCGAGUAUUGAGUCACCAGGAUGACACGGCGUUGCUCAAAGCUUACAUUGCUGAGUGGCGGAAGUUCUUCACCCAGUGUGACAUCCUCCCAAAACCCUUUUGCCAGCUGGAGAUCACACUUAUGGGGAAACAGGGCAGCAACAAGAAAGCAAACAUGGAGGACAGCAUUGUACGCAAGUUGAUGCUGGACACGUGGAAUGAAUCAAUCUUCUCCAACAUUAAGAGCCGCUUACAGGACAGUGCCAUGAAGUUGGUACAUGCUGAGAGGCUGGGGGAGGCCUUCGACUCCCAGCUGGUGAUCGGAGUUCGUGAGUCGUAUGUGAACCUGUGUUCCAACCCAGAAGACAAGUUGCAGAUCUACAGGGACAACUUUGAGAAAGCCUAUCUGGACUCCACAGAGAGGUUCUACAGAACCCAGGCGCUGUCCUACCUACAACAAAACGGCGUCCAGAACUACAUGAAAUAUGCUGAAACAAAGCUGAGGGAGGAGGAGAAGAGAGCACUUAGAUAUUUAGAGACCAGGCGUGAAUGUAACUCUGUUCAAGCUCUUAUGGAAUGUUGUGUGAAUGCUCUGGUGACCUCAUUCAAAGAAACCAUCUUAGCUGAAUGUCCAGGAAUGAUCAAACGUAAUGAGACUGACAAGUUGCACCUUAUGUUUUCGCUGAUGGAUAAAGUUCCCAAUGGAAUUGAGCCAAUGUUGAAAGACCUGGAAGAACACAUCAUCAGUGCUGGCCUAGCAGACAUGGUGGCAUCUGCUGAGACCAUAACUACUGACUCUGAGAAGUAUGUGGAGCAGUUACUGAUGUUGUUUAACCGCUUCAGUAAGUUGGUGAAGGAGGCCUUCCAGGAUGACCCUCGGUUCCUCACAGCAAGAGAUAAGGCUUACAAAGCUGUUGUCAAUGAUGCCACAAUCUUUAAACUGGAACUGCCUAUGAAACAAAAAGGAUGUAAACAUCUUUGUGAUCUGGUCAGAGUGGGUAUGAAGACUCAGCCGGAGUCCAAGUGUCCAGAGCUGCUGGCAAACUACUGUGACAUGCUGCUCAGAAAAACUCCCCUCAGCAAGAAACUCACCUCAGAGGAAAUUGAGCUUAAACUCAAAGAAGUGCUCUUAGUUUUGAAGUACGUCCAGAAUAAGGAUGUGUUUAUGCGAUACCACAAAGCUCACCUGACCAGACGCCUGAUCCUGGACAUUUCAGCAGACAGUGAGAUUGAGGAAAACAUGGUGGAGUGGCUGAGAGAAGUGGGAAUGCCCGCAGAUUAUGUCAACAAACUGGCCCGGAUGUUCCAGGACAUUAAAGUGUCAGAGGAUCUGAAUCAAGUCUUCAAAGAAGUGCAUAAACACAACAAGCUAGCACUUCCAGCUGACAGCGUGAACAUUAAGAUCCUAAAUGCUGGAGCCUGGUCCAGAAGCAGUGAGAAGGUCUUUGUGUCGCUUCCCACAGAGCUGGAGGAUCUGAUCCCAGAGGUGGAGGAUUUCUACAAAAGGAAUCAUAGUGGACGCAAACUCCACUGGCAUCACCUCAUGUCCAACGGAAUUAUCACCUUUAAAAACGAGGUGGGUCAGUACGACCUGGAGGUGACGACGUUCCAGCUCGCUGUGUUGUUUGCCUGGAACCAGAGACCGAGAGAAAGAAUCAGCUUUGAGAACCUCAAACUGGCCACAGAGCUGCCUGAUGCUGAGCUGCGCCGCACACUUUGGUCCCUUGUUGCCUUUCCUAAACUGAAGAGACAAGUGUUGUCAUAUGAGCCUCCUGUAAACUCUCCCAAAGACUUUACAGACAGCACACUCUUCUACGUGAACCAAGACUUCUCCCUCAUAAAAAACUCCAAAGUCCAGAAACGGGGAAAGAUCAAUCUGAUUGGUCGACUGCAGUUGACCACUGAGCGUAUGAGGGAAGAAGAAAACGAAGGAAUUGUUCAGCUCAGGAUACUCAGAACUCAGGAGGCCAUUAUACAAAUCAUGAAGAUGAGGAAGAGGAUUAGCAAUGCCCAACUGCAGACGGAGCUAGUAGAGAUUCUAAAGAACAUGUUCCUGCCUCAGAAGAAGAUGAUCAAAGAACAGAUUGAGUGGCUGAUUGAACACAAAUACAUUAAGAGGGAUGAGACAGACAUUAACACCUUCAUCUACAUGGCCUAGACAGAAAUUGGCGCUGCUCUUUGUGCUUUGUUUUUUUUAAAUUCUGUUCUGCAAUGGGAGCAUAAAAAACAUGAAAGAUGAGAAGAUGACAUGCUUGAAGAAGAGGACGGGAUGGUGAUGAGGGGAAUGUGUGCUGGAGAAAAUGUUGAAUGUAUUUGUGGAAUGCCACUCUGCUUUUCUAUGCUACCCUCUAGUGUCUGGUCACGAAGGAGUUUUCUUCGUUUCAAAGGGAGGUAAAAACAGACUGUAAAAUGAACUACUUCCUGCCUUACUUUAAUCAGCAACUUGAGGCUAAGAGGCAUAGCAGUGGACAAACCUAUCAAGUUGACAUCUAUUCUUUGAUUUCCCAUUAUGCCCCAGCUGCCAUCUUAACAGCAGCCACUUGGUCUCCCUCCUAUUAUCUCCAUUGUUCCUAACUUUGAAAAUUGAGGGCGACAAGAAUGAAGAUCAACAUCAAUGGAGAGACUAGUUUAAACUACCGAAGAGUAUUUUGCCAAAUGUUGUGAAUGUGUGAGUAAAUCAUUGUGUGUGUGAGUGUUUAUUUGAGGACUUGGUGUUUUUCUUUAAAAUGUUUAUGUCUGCACUUUCCACAGUGGCAUGCUGCUUUGUCUUGUUUUGGUGAAAAACCUGUAAUACUGCAAAAAAUUUAAAGUGUUACAUUUUAGACACUGUUUUUUUUUUCAAGUUUGUGUGUGUGUGUGUGUGAACUUGUGUGUAUGUGUGAGAUGUCAAACGACAAACUACUUAGUGUAAAUCAUACAGUGAAUUUGAAACAAAUCAAAUUAAAUAAAUUUUUAAAUAUGAAUUACAGCAGAAAAAAGCUGACUGACUAUUUAUCAUCCACAGUUUGUCAUAAUAUUUUUUUUAAAUCAAAUUUGUUAAUCAAAAUAAUGUAAUUGCUACUGUUACAAGGUUCUGCCAAUGAUCUACUUGACAGCAUUUAAAAAACAAAUCACUAUGUCUGUGUUGGAACCUCAACAGCAGUUUGGGCUUCUUUACCUAAAAUGUAACAUAACUGAAUCAUUCUGUAAUAACUUACUGUGUUGUUUUAUUUUUAUUACACUAUUCCUUUUUUUUUUCAAAUGUUUCUUUUUAGAUUUUUUCAUUGGAAAUUCCCAUAUUCAUUUAAUGUAAUUUCAAGAACUGUUGUCAGCGUGUAAUGGUGUAAAUGACUAUUUUACACUUUCAACAAUUUAUUGCAAUUUGACAGAACACACGUCUUUACUAGGUCUUCACUCAGUCUUUUGUAAGUGUGUACAAUGAAUGGUGUUUGUUACUGAAUUGGAGUUGAACUGGCUACCAUUUUAGUGAUAUUUUCAUUUUUCUAGUCUCUACAAAUAAAUGAUAGAAGGGCCAGAAAAUUAGAAACACUUUUUAACAGAAUGUAAAUGGUGGGGUGAAUGUCUUUUUUUAUUUUAUUUUAUUUUUUUUAUCUUGGGUGAUUAAAAAACUUGUUGUAAACACAAUCACUCCCAGCAUCAACCAGCUGAAUGUUUGACACUGCAUCAUGUAAAGACAUGAUACUUUGUGUUGUGUGAGUGGAAGAGUGGUUUCAAUACCUAUGUGUGCUGCUUUAUUUUGCUUGUUUCAACUAUUUUUAAUUUAUUUUCAGGCAAAAUAAAGACAAACAUAAUCAGA